AUGGCUCUGACUGCGGCCGCCUGGCACGAUCUGGUUAGGGCGCCAUCCCGCUCCCUCGAGCUGGCGCGUUCGUGUGCAAUCACUUGCGCUGUGUGGAUCCACAUCACAGACUACCUUGUCGUCUCUUGA